AUAUUUUUUAAUUUUUUCAAAAAUAAAAGAAAGUUGGAACUUGAGAAGUCAUGUUCCAAUUUUCGUUCUCUAUAUAAUAGGAUAAGCGCUGGAGUUUUGGAGCUGAGAUCUAUUGGAGUUUCUCCAACUGGUAUUGUGUCCACUCUUCUGAAACCUGCUUCUCGUUGAGCUCCGGGGUUUCAAAUUCCACGAUUUGAGAAUGGGAAGUACUGAUGGAUCCAUCUAUGGGGAAUACACAUACGGGAAUCUGGAGAGGGAGCCUUACUGGCCAUCAGAGAAGCUCCGGAUUUCUAUCACUGGUGCUGGUGGGUUUAUUGCCUCUCACAUUGCCAGACGGCUGAAGAGUGAAGGCCAUUACAUCAUUGCUUCUGAUUGGAAGAAAAACGAGCACAUGACAGAAGAUAUGUUCUGUCAUGAAUUCCAUCUUGUUGAUCUUAGGGUGAUGGAUAACUGUUUGAAGGUCACAACUGGUGUUGAUCAUGUGUUCAAUCUUGCUGCUGACAUGGGAGGGAUGGGUUUCAUUCAAUCCAAUCAUUCGGUCAUUAUGUACAACAACACAAUGAUCAGUUUCAACAUGCUUGAGGCUGCAAGGAUAAAUGGAGUUAAAAGGUUCUUCUAUGCUUCUAGUGCUUGCAUCUACCCUGAAUUUAAGCAGUUGGAUACCAAUGUGAGCUUGAAAGAAUCUGAUGCCUGGCCUGCUGAGCCUCAAGAUGCUUAUGGCUUGGAGAAGCUUGCAACAGAGGAGUUGUGCAAGCAUUAUACAAAGGACUUUGGAAUUGAGUGCAGGAUUGGGCGGUUCCAUAACAUAUAUGGCCCCUUUGGGACUUGGAAAGGUGGGAGGGAGAAGGCCCCUGCUGCUUUCUGUAGGAAGGCCAUUACAUCCACUGAUAAGUUUGAGAUGUGGGGAGAUGGACUCCAGACCCGAUCCUUCACCUUCAUUGAUGAAUGUGUUGAAGGUGUUCUAAGAUUGACAAAGUCAGACUUCCGGGAGCCUCUGAAUAUUGGAAGUGAUGAGAUGGUUAGUAUGAAUGAGAUGGCAGAAAUUGUCCUCAGCUUUGAGGACAAGAAGCUUCCUAUCCAUCAUAUUCCUGGCCCAGAGGGUGUCCGAGGUCGCAAUUCAGAUAAUACUUUGAUAAAGGAAAAGCUUGGCUGGGCCCCAACCAUGAGAUUGAAGGAUGGGCUGAGAAUUACUUACUUCUGGAUCAAGGAUCAGAUUGAGAAAGAGAAGGCUCAAGGUGUUGAUCUCUCUGUUUAUGGAUCAUCCAAAGUGGUUGGAACACAAGCACCUGUUCAGCUUGGCUCACUUCGUGCAGCUGAUGGUAAAGAAUGAAAUUGGUGAACCCAAGGAGCAACCAUGGUUGCACUCAAGAUCAUAGUCUUGUGGAAACUACCGUGUUAUUAUUGUUGGGGAGGAAACAUUGGGUAUGGAUAGUAAUGGUCAUUUAAGGUAUGUGGUCCUUUUGUUUUUCUUAUUACUAGUUGAGUGUAUGAAGGAAAUGUUUUGCGCCCAUGUAUUGUUCUAGUUUUUGAGAGUGGGCCUCUGUUAUGAUAUAAUAGUUAAGGAAUGUAUCCCUCCUUUUUUAAUUGUCAGCAGGUGAUUCUGUUGCUAUCCCCCUUGUACUUUUGUUCUCCUACUUGUGUGAAAAUCUUCAUGCAAGUUGUUCUUUAUGAAGGUUGGUUCAUUGGUGGUUAUCAAAUUUAAUCAAUAGCAAUAUGCUUUUGCA